GAGGGGCUUGACUAAACAUAAUUUCCGCUGUGUUUUCCACUUGAAAGUCAGUGACGAUUGACGGGAGCGCAUCAGUUUAGUGGCCGUUGAUGGACCAUCCCUAUGAAGACACAAGGCUACAAUGGGACAGAGUACCUCAGAACAAGAGGUCCAAGAAGACAAUUCCCCGGACAGAUUUGAAAACCUCAAGACCUUUGUGGAGGAAGAACUACAGACAAGCAUGAUCGUGGGAAUGGUUAUUGGCGCCGGCGUCGUCAUAGUCCUCAUCGCCAUCCUCAUCUUCUUCAUCUUGCGGAGGAUAAAGCUUCGAAACAUAGAGGCUCAGGAGGCACCCAAGUAUCGCUUCCGUAAGAGAGACAAAGUCAUGUUCUACGGACGAAAGAUUAUGCGGAAGGUUUCGCAGUCUACCUCUUCACUGGUGGGGACGGCCUCCUCCUCUUCCUCCUCCUCUCGUCCACGGCUAAAGAAGAAGCAGAAAAUGCUCAACAUUGCCAAAAAGAUCCUGCGCUUCAAGAAGGAGGUUCCCAUCCUUCAGGCGAAGGAGCCCCCUCCCUCAGUGCUCGAGGCAGAUCUCACUGAAUUUGACGUGGCCAACUCCCACCUCCCCUCUGAGGUGCUCUACAUGCUCAAAAAUGUCCGCGUGCUGGGUCACUUUGAGAAGCCCCUCUUCCUGGAGCUGUGCAAGCACAUGGUCUUCCUGCAGUUCCAGCAGGGAGAGUACGUCUUCAGGCCAGGACAGCCAGACAGCAGUAUCUACGUGGUUCAGGAUGGAAAACUAGAACUGUGCCUUACUGGAAUGGAUGGCAAAGAGAGCGUGGUCAAGGAGGUUUAUGCUGGAGACAGCGUUCACAGCCUGCUCAGCAUUCUGGAUGUCAUUACAGGCCAUCAGAGGCCUUACAGAACGGUGUCGGCACGAGCUGCAGAGGUUUCCACUGUUCUCCGUUUACCUGUUGAGGCCUUCCUCGCUAUAUUUGAGAAGUAUCCUGAGAGUCUGGUGCGCGUAGUUCAGAUCAUCAUGGUUCGCCUCCAGAGAGUUACAGUCCUCGCCCUGCACAACUACCUGGGACUAACCAAUGAGCUCUUCAGUCAUGAAAUGCAGCCGUCACGCCUCCCGCCGCAGUCACCGCACGCUCCACGCACCAGUCCUGUCCGCCAUGGGAAGCGCUUCGGCAGCCUGACCGUUCCAGAGGAGCAUCGGGAAGCUGCCAUUAAAGGCGAAGCUGCCGGAGGGGAACAAGGAAAAGAAGGAGGUCCGCCAAAUCUUAGCAGGACCAUUUCUAUGCCUGUGGACAUCUCUGGCAUGCAGAAAAGUCUGAGGUCCGAUUUUGACAUGGCGUAUGAGAGAGGACGGAUUUCUGUCUCAGCAGAAGACGGCAACACUCCACCCACCUUCACUCGGUCUGUUUCCCAUGAACAACGUGAGAGGAAAGUGACGGUGGAUGAAGUUCCUUCAGGUAUCUACUUGUAUCCUGAGGAAGAGUCAGGCGUGGACAACAUUUUCACUCCAGUGUCGAGUCGCAGCAGUGCUUCUCUCUUCGAGGAAGCUCAAAAAGAGGUCCUCAGGCUCAUGAGGAUUGAGGACCCGGGUCUGUUAAAUGGGAGAGCAACUCUGCACCAUGCGAAAGCUGGAGCCGUUUUAGCAAGACAGGGAGACCAGGACGUGAGUUUGCACUUCGUCCUGUCUGGCUGCCUCCAUGUCUACCAGCGAAUGAUCGACAAACAGGAGGCGGUCUGCUUGUUUGUGACCCAUCCAGGAGAGAUGGUAGGCCAGCUCGCCGUGCUCACCGGAGAGCCCCUUAUCUUUACCGUUAAGGCCAUCCGAGACUGUACUUACCUGAAGAUCUCAAAGUCAGAUUUCUAUGAGAUUAUGAGGGAACAGCCCAGUGUGGUGCUGAGUGUGGCGCACACAGUGGCCAUUCGGAUGUCAGCUUUUGUCAGGCAGAUGGACUUUGCAAUUGACUGGAUGGCUGUUGAAGCUGGCAGAGCCCUCUACAGACAAGAUGACCAGUCAGACUGCACCUACAUUAUUCUGAAUGGACGUCUACGUUCAGUCAUUCGUAAGGCAAAUGGCAAGAAGGAGUUGGUUGGGGAAUAUGGCCGAGGAGACCUCAUCGGUGUGGUGGAGGCAUUGACCAAGCAGCCCAGAGCCACCACUGUGCACGCAGUGAGAGACACGGAGCUGGUUAAACUGCCUGAGGGAACGCUCAACAACAUUAAAAGACGAUAUCCACAGGUUGUGACAAGGUUGAUCCACUUGUUAGGCCAGAAGAUCCUGGGGAACCUGCAGCAGGGUCGGGGACCGUUCUCAGGUUCAGCUCUGAGUUUGCCAAACAUGACAACGAGUGCAGAUGUCACCAACCCUGCCAGUAACCUCUCCACUGUGGCUGUGCUCCCUGUGUGUGAUGAAGUGCCAAUCAACGCUUUCAACUUGGAGCUUAGCCACGCCCUCAGUGCCAUUGGCCCCACUCUGCUUCUCACCAGUGAUAUAAUCAGGGAGCGCCUGGGGGCUUCUGCUCUCGACAGCAUCCAUGAGUAUCGUCUGUCUGGCUGGCUGGCCCAGCAGGAGGACAUCAAUCGAAUCGUCUUGUACCAGACUGACAGCAGUAUGACGCCAUGGACUCAGCGCUGCAUCCGGCAGGCUGACUGCAUCCUUAUAGUGGGUUUGGGGGACCAGGAGCCCGCUCUAGGGGAGUUGGAGCAGAUGUUGGAAAACACAGCAGUCCGGGCUUUGAAGAAGCUCAUCCUCCUGCACAGAGAAGAUGGACCCGGUCCGUCCAGAACAGUCGAGUGGCUCAACAUGCGCAGCUGGUGCUCGGGUCAUCUCCACCUGAAGUGUCCCCGCAGGGUUUUCUCCAGGCGAAGCCCCACUAAACUGAGGGAAGUCUAUGAGAAGGUGUUUGAGAAAACGGCGGAUAGACACAGCGAUUUCUCUCGGCUGGCCCGAGUCCUCACUGGAAACAGCAUUGCACUCGUGCUGGGUGGAGGCGGAGCAAGAGGCUGCUCACAUGUGGGUGUGAUUAAAGCUAUGGAGGAGGCAGGAAUUCCUAUCGACAUAGUGGGCGGCACAUCGAUUGGCUCGUUCAUCGGGGCACUGUAUGCCGAGGAGAGGAGCGCCGUUCGGACUAAACAGAGAGCCAGAGAAUGGUCCAAGGCAAUGAAUUCAGUAUUUAAAACGGUCCUGGACCUCACCUAUCCCAUCACAUCCAUGUUCUCUGGUUCAGCCUUUAACACCAGCAUCUAUAAAGUGUUUCAGGACAAGCAAAUUGAGGACCUGUGGCUUCCAUACUUCAACGUCACCACAGACAUCACAGCUUCGGCCAUGCGGGUCCAUCAGGAUGGUUGCGUCUGGCGCUAUGUUAGAGCCAGCGCCUCCUACACCCCCUAUUUACCUCCCCUGUGCGACCCCAAGGAUGGCCACUUGCUUGUGGAUGGUUGCUAUGUUAACAAUGUCCCAGGCUCUCUGUGGCGCUAUGUACGGGCGAGCAUGACCCUCUCGGGGUACCUGCCGCCUCUCUGCGACCCCAAAGAUGGCAACUUGCUAAUGGACGGUGGCUACAUCAACAACCUGCCAGCGGACAUUGCGAGAAACGUGGGUACCAGGACGGUGAUUGCCAUUGACGUGGGUAGCCAGGACGAGACCGACCUCUGCAACUAUGGCGACAGCCUGUCUGGCUGGUGGCUGCUGUGGAAGCGGAUCAAUCCCUGGGCAGAAAAAGUGAAGGUGCCCGACAUGGCAGAGAUCCAGUCACGCCUGGCUUAUGUGUCUUGUGUGCGGCAGUUAGAGGUGGUGAAGAAAAGUGCCUACUGCGAGUACAUCAGACCGCCUAUUGACCGCUUCAAGACGAUGGACUUUGGCAAGUUUGAUGAGAUCUACGAUAUCGGCUAUCAGCACGGCAAGUUGUUGUUCACUGGCUGGGCUCGAGGCGACAUCAUCGAUAACAUGCUGAAGGACCACCGCUCUGCUGACUACAACGACAGCAAGAGAGCAGAUUCCUGCACGUGUCCAGGAGCUGACUUCACGGAUCUUGCAGAGAUCGUGUCCAGGAUAGAGCCAGUGCAAAGCUACCUUGCUGCAGAAGCAGAGGAGUCGGACUGUCUGACGGAGUACGAAGAAGAUGGGAUGGAUACAGUGAGAGAGGAAGAGGGGGAGGAGGAGGAGGACGAGGCUGAGGAUGGUGAAGACCACUCCCCUGGAGAGUGGGGACAAAAUGGAGUCUUCCAGACUGAUGAGGAGAAAUCUGUGAGGCAACGCAGGAAGCUCACCAGCGACUCCAACGCUUCUGAAGUCUCUGACUGCUGACAGAGGGCCCUGGAGGAGCAGAGGACAAAAUUGAAGGUCUGACGACCAAGGGGCCAUAAAAUUUCAAGACUUGAAAUGUGGAUGACACACUGAGCAUCUGAAAUUUCUGCAACGUCUGAAGUUUUUUUAUUUUAUUUUAUUUUUUGUUUGUCUUUCAAUUUUUAAACACCUUCAAGAACCAAGUUUGUUCUCAUUGAGUCGCCUUUCAUUUAAUAUCUGUGGUCCUAAAUGGAAGCAGGCUUUCUCAAACACAUCCUUGUGAUUUCUUCUUUUAGAGAAAAAUAAGCUGAGCAAAAUUUAUGCCUCCAGAAAAACUGUCUAAGUUUUACUCCAACAGUUAUUUUUUGUUUGUUUUUGAUUUGACAAAGCUUCUCUUUAUUGGGGGUUUGUCUUAUUUCAUGGUCCUCCUUUCCUUUUAUCGGUUGUACUUGCGUCUUGGUCAUGUUUAUUUCAAGUCGGCAAAGCUUCAGUUAGCCUCAGUGGUCUGAAAGACGCUGCAAAGCGAUGCCAGCAAAAUAUGCUGCUGGGAUGGGAAGGGUCUCAAGGUAAAUUAACAAGUCUUCUAUAGAAAAAUGAGGUGUUUCUGUGGAGUCUACGGUGAAUAACAUAAAGCUGGACCAGUAUUGAGAGCAUUACAGGGAUGGAUCAGGACUGCCUUCAAGCUGAGCUGUGACUGGGGGGAAAAAAGAAAGCGAUUAUUCAGCAAAUUCUUCAUGGGACUUUUGCUGAAUUUAUAACUCGAGUUGAGUAAAGCAAAGAGAUCUAGAAGUGCUUCAUGUAGACUAGAUCUAGUGACGAGGAAGGACUCCGAACUGAAAAGAGGGAUGAAUGCUUUGAUUCCUGUUGACUGAAUGGCCAUAUGUGGGCACCAGAAACUUUUUCAUUUUGAGCUCAUAUCAGACUCGAUGAAUGCCUUUUUACCCUCCGUUCACCCCGCUCGGUGAACAUGACUGCAACGCGUUUGUCGGACUCACUACACUAAACAACCAAUCUCGUUGUUUCUGUUUGCACAAUGUCAGCACUCAGGGUCUCUGCGUAUAACCUGAAGUUCAUGGUUAAAAAAAUAAAAAAUGGAGAGGAAAAGGUUGGUAGCUUAACUCAUUUUGAGCUCGAAUCUUCAUUAAGAACACCCAAAAUGAUGUAAAUAAUUAUUUGGUACAAAAAAUACGCAGAAAUCCAGAGUAAUCUCAGAAAAACUGUAACACGAUUAAAACAUGUUUAAUAAUGUCAGUAUUCAUAUAUGUAUAUGAGAGGGAUUUUUUUUAUGUUGAUGCUUUGCUGCAAAAUAGGGAACCUAAACCAAAAAUAAUACGUUUUUCUCUAAACAUCUCUUUUGUUGGUUUCAGCCAUUGCCAGUCUGUUUUUUAAUUAUAUUUAUUUUUUAAUUUAUGUGUCUACUACUGGCUUUGUAAAUUAAUGAAAGGCAGUUAAAUCUUAUUUUAAUUAACAUGGCUUUAGCUUUUUGCACUGAAAUGUAUUUGAUAUUUGUUUGUUAGGACAAGGAUUACAAAACAGGUUGUAAGUAAUGAUGCAUACUGGGAAAUAAACAUAACAUUUACCCUGA